AUGAAUCAUCCACCACCGUAUACAUUGGUUCUAAGCGACAAGAAGAAGCCAACUUGCUCAGUUCCUAAACGAACUCUCACCAUGAAGAUCAAGAGGCCCAACACCCAGCAAACAACAAUCAGAAUAUCAAUAGCACUGAAGACAUCAAGUAACGGCCACCUCGACGACGGUACAGUCAGCGAUAUGGAAUACAUGCUUCUGUAUCAUGAAAUCGACUUUGACUCGGUGACAGAAAUUGUGGAUGAGACUACUGACUAUGUCGCGGGUGUUAUGCCAACACUUGAUGAUGUCACAGGUACAGAUCUAGAUGUAAUUGUUAAGAUUACUGACUUCAACCCACAAGCUUGGAAUAGAAUUGAUCUCGACGUCUAUACAAUCGACCUGCGAAACAGCAGAAGAGAUUCCGUCCCUAGCGAAGAGAAUGACAUCUGCGCAAUUUGCCACAAUGAGCUUGGUGCAAGUGGAGAAUUGAACACUUUGGUAUGCAAUCAUUCGUAUCAUCACGAGUGCAUCAUAGGCUGGGUAAAGAUGAACUUAACCUGCCCAGUAUGCAGAACUACGCUUGCUUAG